CUACAGUUCAACCCCUUCUCCCUCGGCAAAAAUACCACAACAAUCACAAUGCGCCUCGCCCACCUCCACCUCCCAAGCAUAACCCCCUUCUCCCGCGUCUCCCACCUUCAAGAAACUCUCACAACCCGCCUCCUCGCCUACAAAAAGCUCACAUCUCAAUUGCCCUCCCAAUCACCGUCGCCAACACCAAGAUCAACACCCUCAAAACCCCCAGACCCCACAAUUAUAACCUUCACCCCAAACCCCGUCUACACAACCGGCCGGCGCGACCUUCCCCCCUCCAACACAGCGAGUACCAAGGCACUUUCUCUCCCGCCGGGGCUGGAGCCGAUUCGGUCGCUUUUGGUUCCUGAUGGUUAUGCAGAAUACCACCCCACCCUCCGCGGUGGACAGACGACAUACCAUGGACCAGGGCAGAUGGUCGCGUACACGAUCCUUGAUCUGAAGAGACUUGGUCUAACUCCGCGAUGUCAUAUACGGGUUUUGGAAAAUAGUGUUGUGGAUGUGCUGGGACGGUAUAGGAUACCGGGUGCCAUUACCGAGGAUCCCGGGGUUUGGGUUCCUUCGUCAUCUAAAGAAGGUCCGUCGAAGAAGAUCACGGCAGUUGGUGUGCAUUUGAGAAGGAACAUUAGUAGUUACGGGAUUGGGUUUAAUGUGACUGAGGAGCCGAUGUGGUAUUUCCGGCAGAUUGUCGCGUGUGGGUUGGAGGGACGUGAGGCGACAAGUCUGGAGGGACAGGGGGCCCAGACUUCAGUAAAUGAUGUGGCGAGUCAGUUUGUUGAAGCGUUUACGAGGAGGAUAAAUGCGGAUUUUGCUUGUGGGGAUGGUGCCUCCGGGGAGAAGAUUGAAGAGGUCUAUAACGUUCGAGAAGAGGAUCUUUUACGGGCGUGA